GUGCUGGAUGAGGCAGAAGCCACCCGGCCGGGUCGCAAGGCGCCUCAGGCUCGGUCAGGGCAGGCGCGGCGUGGGUCCCAGGACUGAGUCGGAGGCCGAACGGUACACGUUCCCUGCCCGGCAGCGCCUCCCGGAGAGGUCCCUGCGGCGUCCGGGCGAACGUUUAGGUGGCUUCCGCUUCCCGGGGCCUCACCUGCGCAGGCGGCGGGGCGCCAGGUGCGGAGGCGUGUGCGCCGCCUGGGCGCCUCCCCCGGCCGCCAGCGGGGCGAAGGCGGGGCCGCAGUCCGGGCCUCCCGCGGCUCGCCCGGUCGCCUCAGUCUCAGCGGUCAGCCGGGCCCCGCGGUUCGGGAUGCUGUUGCCUGCUCACGAGCCGCCCUCCACGCUUGCCCCCGCCGCCGGGGCCGCGCCUCGCUGUUUACAUGCCGGUGGAGCCCGGGCCCCCCGAAGGUGAAAGUAGCCGACCCACAAGACUGGUCCCUCAGACCCGGGGCUCCGGACUCAGAUCCUGCCCUGCAGCCUCCGCCGCCAUCUGGACUGGAUCCGGCUCUGGUGUUUUUUGAGGAGGGGGGGGUGUGAUUUCGGGAAAGGGAUCCUGGGGAUUUCUGGGACCCCUCUUUUUUCUUUUUCUAUAUAUAUAUAUUUUUUGGCCCUGCGGGCUUAAGACUCAGGGAACUCGCUCAUGGCUUUUUUGAUGAAGAAGAAGAAAUUCAAAUUCCAAACCACUUUCACCCUGGAGGAGCUGACUGCGGUCCCCUUCGUGAACGGGGUCCUCUUUUGCAAAGUCCGGCUGCUGGAUGGCGGGGAUUUUGUCAGUUUGUCGUCCAGGGAGGAGGUACAGGAGAAUUGUGUACGAUGGCGGAAGAGGUUCACUUUUGUGUGUAAGAUGAGUGCCAACCCGGCCACAGGCCUGCUAGACCCCUGCAUCUUUCGAGUGUCCGUGCGCAAGGAGCUGAAAGGCGGGAAGGCGUAUUCCAAGCUUGGCUUCACUGACUUGAACCUGGCUGAGUUUGCAGGCUCAGGCUCCACCGUACGCUGCUGCCUAUUGGAGGGAUAUGAUACCAAGAACACUCGCCAGGACAACUCCAUCCUCAAGGUCACUAUUGGCAUGUUCCUGCUCUCUGGAGACCCCUGUUUUAAGACGCCACCAUCUACUGCCAAGUCCAUCUCCAUCCCGGGCCAGGACUCCUCCCUGCAGCUGACAUGUAAAGGUGGUGGAACCAGCAGCGGUGGCAGCAGUAGCACCAAUUCCCUGACUGGGUCCCGGCCCCACAAGGCCCGGCCCACCAUCCUGGGUUCAGGACUUCCAGAGGAGCCAGAGCAGAGCCUGUCCAGUCCCGAGGAGGUGUUCCACUCUGGCCACUCCCGCAACUCCAGCUACGCCAGCCAGCAGUCCAAGCUGUCUGGUUACAGCACAGAGCACUCUCGCUCCUCCAGCCUGUCUGACUUGACACACCGCAGAAACACGUCCACUAGUAGCAGCACCUCUGGUGGCCUCAGCAUGACUGUAGAGGGUCCUGAGGGCAUCGACAGGGAACACCGGCCCCCGGAGAAGCCACCUCGACCCCCACGACCCCUGCAUCUGUCUGACCGCUCAUUUCGGCGAAAGAAGGACUCAGUGGAGAGCCACCCAACCUGGGUGGAUGAUACUCGCAUUGAUGCGGAUGACAUUGUGGAGAAGAUAAUGCAGAGCCAGGACUUCACCGAUGGCAGCAAUACUGAGGACAGUAACCUUCGGCUGUUCGUGAGCCGUGAUGGCUCCACCACGUUGAGUGGCAUUCAGCUGGCCAACAGAGUCUCCUCUGGAGUCUAUGAGCCUGUCGUGAUUGAAAGCCAUUGAGGGACCAGGUCUGAGGAAGGGCCCUGUCGUCUCUUGCACCCAGGUCAGCAGCGUUCCUGGAGGAGCUGGAAGCUGCCCUUCAGAUCUGCUCUGCAUCGCGCCUGUGCCUCCUCGUACUCUAGCCACACCAGCCCCAAAGCAUCAUUCCAUUGUCCUUCGUCCACCCCGAACCACUGGUCCCGGGUGCCACUGUGAAUAUUGUCCUCUGAACCACUAGAAAAUGGGGAAGAUGGAGCUGGCCAGGACUGCCCAAACUAGAGAGGACCUGGGCCCGGCAAAGGUCACAGCCACUCCUUCAUGUUGGGGUGCUUGUGGCUGCCACCCCCAUGACCUGCUUAUUGCAGGAGCAACAGCUUCAGCCAGUCUAACAGGGUUCUUGCUCCUUCGCCUUGCCCUUGAGGAGCUGGACCCUCCCCAGAAUCCUGACACCUCUGACCCUCUGCUUAGUGCUUCAGCUGUCCUUAUAUCCUGAGGAGACCUGCUGGCAGCUUUCUCCUGGGAGCCAAGACCUCAACCCCACCUCCCUCGUCAAAUGUUCUCCUGCUGCCCUGCAGCCUGCACUUUGCACGUGCUUGUCCCCAACACAGCCACCGAUCCUUGCCCUUAUCCCAGACUCCUGGGUGCUGUCUGCUGUGCAGCCAGACCUAGGGUACAGUCGCCCGGCUGGAACGUGGCACUGCCCUUUCCCUCUAAUUAUCCCCAGUUCAGACCCAAGAGCAGGGCCUAGAAAGGUCUGAGCAUCAUGGUGCCAUCUGCUCAGGGCUGGGUCCUGAGCAGCUGGCCUUCCUGCAGGAAAGGAAGGGUGGGACCCAGCUGUGCUGGGUAAGCAAAGGCCUCUCUUCCUCUGCUCUUCUGUCAACAGGCCUGGGCUGGGUUCCAGGCUGGAGAGGCAGUCAGCCAGGUGGGCUGUGACUGCAUGGACUGGAGCUGGUUUAUGGCCAGACAAGCCUCAGCCCUCUGGGCAAGGGGCACGCUUUCCCUGGGGAGUCUGGUCCUGUGCCCUGCUCAGGCCUUCCCCUUACUACCCACCCUCUUGGUACCUCCCCAGCCCCAGCACUUUUUGUGUCUUCUGUAAUUCGCUUAAAGGAGGAGGGUACUGGCUGCCAGUUCGGCCCUGGAUAAAUUCCCACCCCGUGUAAGUUUCACUCGUUUUGUAUGAACCCAGCAGGCUGGCGUUUCCUUAGCCUUUAGGUAUUUUCCUUUUCCUCCUAAGUUCACAGCUUGGAAUUCCCUCCUCCCCCAGCAAGGGGAGGUAGGUGCCUCUGUUCCCCACUCCACCUACAUCUCAGCAGGGCUGGG